AUGACCGCUCUCGUUGCAUUCUGCCUUGCAUUGGCGUCCCAGGGCCUUACAGUCUGGGUUCUCGGUUCCACAGCCCCCGCAAACCACGUUCGGCCUAUUAUUGCAGCGACUGUCACUUUGCUUACCUGGCUCUUCAAUGAGGCCAUUCUCGACGCAUUACCCAGUCGUCUACAUGUGGCGUUGCUGUCUACAGGAAUGUGGAUUCAAUGCUUGAAGACGUUUGACGAUCUCUGCUUGAGCAGGUUGUCUUUCGAGAGUACAUCGCCAUCCUUUACGAAUCGUGCGUCCUUUGGAGUCAGCAAUCUUUGGAACAUGCGUGGUAUCGGUACGAGUAAACAGAUAUCCCAAAUACCCCCUUGGUCUAGCCAAACGCCCUCUCUCGUACCGUCCCGUAGCCUGGAACUCAAAAGACAUGCAAGGAAUGCCAUCAUUACCUAUCUCAUCCUCGAUGUCUUUGCCGCCCAGCCACCCCCAGAUCCCAACAUGAUAUCUCCUCAGAAGGAACACUUGCUGACACGCAUCGGUCAAGUCGGUCCUGAAGAGAUAAUCUUUCGCUUCUUUGCCAUCUUUAGCUUCUGGCUCUAA